GAAAUGGGCUGGAUCGAGUUUAGUGGACACUGUUAUUUCUACAACCAAUCUAGAUCUAAGUGGGACGACGCCAAGGCUGACUGUGACAGGAAAACUUCUUAUCUUAUUGAAAUUGGCGACCAGGAUGAAAAUGAUUGGAUUAAAGAAAAAUUCCUUCCAGCAGGGGGUUCACUCUGGAGUGGAGGUCGUGAUGACGUCACCGAAGGAGUGUUUUUGUGGCAGCAAUUCCAGACUGCGAUGAGUUUCACCAACUGGGUGCCAGGGGAACCAAACAACGGUGUGCAUGCGCAAUGUCUGGAGAUCCGAAAUCACGGGAAAUGGAGCGAUGCUUAUUGCACCGAUAAAUAUUCAUUUCUCUGUGAGAAAUAUAUCUAGUAUAUGGAGACUAAAUCGAAUCCAGAGAAAAAUUUCUGAAGAAAGGGAUUGCAAGGGAAACUGAACAUCCCGUAUCUUGUAACUUUUGACGGUCGUGUAGAUGCUAUUAAGACAGUACAUGUAUCAGUGUUUGCUCAGUGUCAUCCAAUAUUUGCUGUAAAAUAUGUCUAAAGUACUUUAUUUGUUGCUGAGUAUUCGUGAAAGUGUACAUGACAAAGCCCAUAGCU